AUGUCGGCAGACCCUUCUGUUUUCUUGAUGGGAGAAGAGGUUGGUGAGUACCAAGGUGCAUACAAGAUAUCUAAGGGUUUGCUUGACAAGUAUGGCCCAGUUCUUGAUACUCCAAUUACUGAGGUUAUAAACCCGCAAAUUGAUCACCAUUGUCCAUUCAUAAGCUGUCAGGCUGGCUUCACUGGCAUUGGUGUUGGUGCCGCCUACCAUGGUCUUCGACCUAUUGUAGAGAUCAUGACAUUUAACUUUUCGAUGCAGUGCUAUGCAGCUUGGUAUGCACAUGUUCCCGGAUUGAAAGUUCUAGCUCCAUAUUCUGCAGAAGAUGCUCGAGAAAGAAAAUAUGAUCUAGAGUUCAAGUGA